AUGCCACCAGUGGCCCCUGACGAGCUAAAUCAUCAGCACGGCAGGUCUAUAGAAGACGAUCCAUCCCUGACUCAUCUCGCAUCUGUCCCAGCUCACUCGACUCAAGAAUAUGAGCCCACUGGAAAGUCGAAGAAGAAGAAGAGCAGUAAAAAGAAGAAGGCAGCGACUGAGGCGCCCCCGGAAGAUUUAAUCAUCGAGCCUCCGGUGUCUGAGGAGCUACUUCCACCCAUCGAACCUGAGCAUGAGGUAUAUUUAGAGCCAGAACCCGAGCCCGAGAACGAGCCUGAGCCUGUGCCCGUGGCCACACCGGCACGCGGGCCUGUGGCUGCACCUGUCGACAUACAAGGUCGUCAUGGCGGAGUUAUCGAGACUUCGCCAUCGCCAGGGGCUCUCGGAUCAUUUGGCAAGUCGGUAGCCCAUGAUCUCACCCUUCGGACCGAUAGGUGGGCACAGGCAGUGCCUUACGGAAAGAGCCCACCAGUGGAUCUUAUGGAUGGAGAUCCGUCAACAGGAUCCCCGCUCACUUUCCCAACAAUCCACGAACGCGGUUUCAUCCACCCUUCUUCGCCGUCCCCUCCCACUCAACCGCGACCCUUCAGUUACGGCAGUGGAUAUCGAAGUAGCAUGCACUCACGCCAGCAGUCGGUCGAUCGCAGAAAGAGUCAUUCCUAUGGAAGUCCCAUGAGCAACCCUGCCCCUCCUCAUUUACCCCAAGCGCACUUCUAUGGGGCCCCGGACAUUGAUAUCCCUACUCGAGCUCGUACAAGCGACGGGGCUUAUUCGUUCUGCAGCUUCGACACCCUUCCCAGUACGUCAAACAAGUCGCCGCGAACGGGCACUAAUGUCCUCGUCGUAGGGAUAGACGGCGCCGUCGAAAUUCAUGCCAUCGAAGAUCGACGGUUUCGAUUGGUGGGCCAAGUCAGCGGGUUGAACGGCCGGGUUCUUGAUGCGAAGAUCCUGCGCGAGGUUCAGUCAAGCGAUACGGAUGCCGCGUCCCAGCCUCAUAUUGCUGUGAUUUUGCAUGGGCCACUACCGCAGAGAGAGGAUGACGACGCCAUCUCUGCCGCUGCUUUAGACCCGAACGAACCGCCGGCGACUACUGUCAGGGCUUCACUGGCUGAAAGGCGAGCUGGGAAAGUCGAUGUCAUAUUUUAUCAAACUCGGGUGGAAGUCUACUCUUUGCGUUCUGGUGAACAUGUAGCAACGCUGUUCACUAGCCAGCCCGUGCCAUCACCAGAGAACGUCCCGGGAGUCCCUUCGCUGGCCCCGAGUCCCCAGGGAAGCUUGAAGAUCUUGCAUAGUGGUAACCAUAUCGCCGUGGCGUCUGGCAUUAGUGGGGAGGUAUUUAUCUUCAGGCAUACAUUUUACGGGGGCUACCAGUGUCUUGGGAAAACCUGGACCAAUAUUCAAGCUGGCGAGACAAGACGAUACUCCACUUCCUCCAGCUCCACAGAUGCUGAUGGCUCUCACCACGAAUCUUCGCGAGCGUUGAUGACCGAGCGGCCGCUGGUGACCAUUCAGGGAAGGUGGCUUGCAGUUGUCCCUCCCUCUUCUGCACGGAGCACUCUGCACGGAAGCAUCCCAUCUGAUAUUUUACAUCCCUGGGCUCAAGGAGUCGACAGUCGCAAUCCGCCAACCGUGCCUUCCGUGAACUGCGCGACUGAUGCAGGCGACGGAGAGACCUUACUCGACAAGGUCGCGAGGGGUGUGACACAAGAGCUCGUCAAAGGUGCCCGCUGGAUGGGUGACCAAGGGCUCCAGGUUUGGAACAACUAUUGGAGCACGGGUCAGCUUUCUGCUCCCACCACGCCGCCGAUGCGUCCCGUGCGAGGCUCAGAGUCUCCUGUGCACCCUCAAGGGCUGUUUCCUCCAACUCACGCGCAAGAAACGCAGGCUACAUCAUCUCCCGAGCCUGAUACCGUCGCGAUCAUUGACCUAGGCCGGUUCGAUGAUGGGGUCGACGCUAAAUCUGCGUCCCUCAACCCUGCGGCAGUCUUUCAGGUUCCUAACGGAUGCAGCUUCUUGUCACUAUCGCCCAGUGGACUCAUGCUCUUCACUGCCAGUAAGAAAGGAGAUGUUCAAUACAUCUGGGACUUGAUGCAACUGAGGCACUGUCGCGCUAUGGCUUUCAUGACCGAUGGUCUCGGUAGCCAAACCGCCAAUGUCCGACAGGUGGCCCGAUACGCAAGAUUGACCGCGUCAAGCAUCGUGGAUGUCAUAUGGACGGCUCCAGUCGGUGACAGGCUGGCCGUUGUCACGCGGAAGGGUACUGUGCAUGUCUUCGACUUGCCUCAAAGCGCAUUCCAGUGGCCUCCCUUCCGACGUGCUCGUCCGUCAUCCAAGAAAUCCCCGUCGGUCGAUCUCGCUGGUGACGACACAACAGGGCCAGCAGGCGCUGGGAAUCCACUCUCUGCGGCCAUGACUUUUGUGGGCGGUAAGACCCAACCGUUCCUCUCAGCAGUCCGUGGUCGAGUGCAAUCCCCAGGGACCGGGUUUCCCACCAUGAGCGGUUUUGCUCUUCCCACCGCGGCAAGCAUCAAGGGCGGGAAGGUUGUCGCUGCAGGUCUCAGUAAAUCCAUGGGCGCGGCUGCCAGUGGUACUGUCCAGACCCUUCGACACGUCGGUGAGAACCGACUGCACCUCUCUGGACUGGGUCGCGAUCCUGCUCCCUCGCGCGUCGCGUGGAUGUUGGCCAAGGGGCACAUUUUCAUGGGCGUGUUAGAUGAUGGGCAAUUCAAAUUGUACCGGCUGAAGCGAAGCACAUCCACCAGUAAAAAUCGCCAGUCUUAUUCGGUUGUUGGCAGCAAAGAAGUGCAGUUUAGAUUGCCCACCAACAUGCAAAGCAUCUGCGGACCCGCGCCUCUAGUACCCUUCGAUCCGGAAAAGACUGUUCAGGCAUCCCUGGCGCUUCCUUCCAUGACACCUCAGUCUGUUGGCCAUCCAGGCAAGGCAACAUCUCAGCCACUUUCGCAGGCCGAAAUUGAGACCAAUACACCUUAUCAGCCCUUCCACACGGAUCAACGUGUAAGCCUUCAUGUGUUCUCGUCGGAGAGCGGUGCAAAUGUUCCCAGUAGCCAGUGGGUCUUUGGUGAUGACAUUCCAACCACGAAGCUGCACCUUCGCUCAUACAAUCCCCCCGGUGACGACCGAGAACAUGACAUGUAUCACGAUGCGGCCAUCCACGGGGAUUCGUUUGGAGCCGGUGGAGAAAUGGAGAAUCUCAUCACGCUGGGAAGCAGCACCGGCAAUGUCGAGGAAGUGGUGAUUACCACCAGACGGAAGAAGAAGAAGGCUACCACCGCCGCUAGAGCCGAUGAUGGAUUCUUCGAAGAUGACUGCGAAGUCCUGGACUUUGCGCGAGACCGAGUUUGA